AUGAAUGGUGGGGUCAAAGCUGCAAAUAAGAUUCUCAUCCGCAUACUAGAGAAAAUGGUCAAAACGUAUCGUGACUGGUCGGAAAUGCUUUCCUAUGCUCUUUGGGCUUAUCGGACGUCUGUACGGUCUGCUACAGGCACAACUCCAUACGAACUUGCAUACGAAAUGGAAGCAGUGCUACCAGUCGAAAUUGAAAUCCUAUCACUCCGGAUAUUACUGGAAAGCGAAGUCGAGGAAGGCGAGUGGCAACAAGCAAGAUACGAUCAACUGCACCUGGCAGACGAAAAGUGCAUGCAUGCGCUAAGCCACUCGCAAUGCUACGAAAGCAGGAUCGCAUGGGCCUACAACAAAAGGGUUCGAAAAAGAAGUUUCAAAGUUAGUGAUAUGGUCAUGAAGCGUAUCUUACCGCCGCACUUGCCAGAUCCUAGAGGAAAGUUCAAACCCUCAUGGGAUGGACUGCUGAUCAUUCGAGAAGUAGAAGACUUCGUCCCUCUCCAGGCGAUGCGCAGCAAGCAUGCUCUCAUCGUACCGUUGUCCCACCGCCAGCUGAUAGGCCAUGUCCUCAUAGGAGUGACAAAGAGCGGCAAGCUCAGAUAUACGAUGGUCGUGCGUCGCAAGCAGAAAUGA